GCGCCUGUCUCUCUGGCCCGAAAGGCCAACGAGCGGCAUAUAUCCCAGGAUCCUGCGCGGCGCCGUUCUUCCUGUUCAGGCCGCCAUCGGAGAGCAGCAGCUAUGGCCCUGCGUUACCCUAUGGCCGUGGGCCUCAACAAGGGCCACAAAGUGACGAAGAACGUCGGCAAGCCGAGGCACAGCCGGCGCCGCGGGCGCCUCACCAAGCACACCAAGUUCGUGCGGGACAUGAUCCGGGAGGUGUGCGGCUUCGCGCCCUACGAGCGCCGCGCCAUGGAGCUGCUCAAGGUGUCCAAGGACAAGCGCGCGCUCAAGUUCAUCAAGAAGAGGGUGGGCACGCACAUCCGCGCCAAGAGAAAGCGAGAGGAGCUGAGCAACGUGCUGGCAGCCAUGAGGAAGGCGGCGGCCAAGAAGGAUUGAUGACCCCCCCUCCCCCCAAUAAAGGCUCGUGCCCGCAGUCUGUG